AUGCGGCCCUGGCCAGAAGACACCCGUGAUGACCAAGGUGGCACUGUUACGGAUGUGAUGGAGCCGAUUGCUAUUGUUGGACUUGCGGCUCGUUUCCCACAGCAGGCUGUUUCAGUUGAAGCACUUUGGGAGACGCUGCUACAGUGUCGAUCAACCUGGUCACCAAUCCCCAAAGAACGGUUCAACGCCGACGCAUUCUACCAUCCAGAUCCCGAACAUGGAGGCACGUUUUACAUUCAAGGGGGCCACUUCUUGUCGGAAGACCCUGCUCUCUUCGACUCUUCUUUCUUCAAUAUGACCAAGAAUGAGGUGCUUACCCUGGACCCACAGCAGAGGUUGGUGAUGGAAAAUGUGUAUCAUGCACUUGAGAAUGCCGGUAUUCCCAUGGCCCGUGCCGUCGGAUCCAAUACAUCAGUAUUCGUCAGUGGAUUCAACCAUGACUAUAUGGGGAUUCUACAGGCAGAUCCUGAGACGGCCCUCAAGUACAAGCCGACGGGAGUCAUGAAUGCCAUCCUGUCGAACCGGGUCAGCUGGUUCUUUGAUUUCAAGGGACCCAGCAUGACGAUUGAUACAGCGUGCUCGAGCAGUCUGGUUGCAUUGCAUCUGGCUGUCCAGAGCCUACGAUCCCGUGAAACUACCAUGUCUGUUGUGAGCGGCGUAAGCGUACUCGAGAAUCCCGCGGAGACGAUCUGGAUGAGCCAUCAUGGCCUACUUGGGGCGCAGGGUCGAUCUUUCAGUUUUGAUGAACGCGCUGAAGGAUACGCUCGCGGCGAAGGCGUUGGGACUGUCAUUUUGAAACCACUACAUGCAGCAGUAAGAGAUGGCGAUGUCAUUCGCGCUGUUAUUCGCGAGACAGGAGUCAAUCAAGAUGGUCGAACUCCAGGUAUCACGGUUCCCAGCGGCGAAGCACAGGAGAGACUUGUACGAGAUGUCUACCGUCGAGCUGGCUUGGACAUGAAACACACCCGGUAUGUCGAGGCUCAUGGUACUGGAACCCGGACAGGCGACCCAAUCGAAGUGCAGGCUCUUGCCCGAGCUUUCAACAGCCAGAGCCGCUCUCCACUUCACAUUGGAUCUAUCAAGGCUACUUUGGGUCAUCUGGAGGGUGGCUCAGGGGUAGCAAGUCUCAUCAAGUCCGUCCUGAUUCUUGAGUCGGGAGUUAUACCUGGCAACUUCGACCUUCAAGAGAUCAACUCUGAGAUUUCAGUGACAGAUUGGAAUAUUUCAUUUCCCUCUGAGAGCAUUUUCUGGCCCACGACAGGGCUGCGUCGAGUGUCGGUCAAUUCUUUCGGGAUUGGCGGUACGAAUGCACAUUGCGUACUUGACGAUGCCUACAAUUUCCUCACCCAACGCGAAAUCUCCGGCACGCACAAUACUGUGCCUGGAAUGAUUUCGCAUGAAAAUCAUUCGCAGUUCUUAUUACUACCUCGAUCGAAACAAUUGUCAGAUUCUGAGGACCUCGGCUAUGAGUCCCACAGCGAUGAUACAGUCAGCGAGGUCGACUUCACGGAAACACCAGCAGCACAGAGCCGCGUCGUAUCUCGCGCUGCAUCUCCACAGCCCAAACAAACACAUGUCCAAGAAAGGCCGAAAGAGAUUCCACACAUCUUGUUGUUGACAGCAUUCGAUGAAGAUGGUAUUAAGCGCAAUGCAGCUGCAUAUUCGCAUUACCUCAAAUGCAAAUCCCAAGGCAUUGAAAAUGACCACUUGCUCGACGACCUGUCGCUGACGACCUCAUCUCGACGUUCUCUGUUCCCAUGGAAAAGUUUUGCCAUGGCAUCUACCAGCAAGGAAUUGCAGUGGAAUCUUUCAGAAGGAAAUUUCACUAAACCAACUAGAGCAGACAGUCCACCCGAUAUCUGGUUCGUCUUCACGGGGCAAGGAGCGCAGUACCAUGGAAUGGGAAAAGCACUCUUCGCGUACUCGGUGUUUAGAAAUUCUCUGGCAGAAGCAUCCGAAUAUAUCCGCAGUCUUGGAAGCCCGUGGUCCCUCUUAGAAGAGCAUUUGGCAGAUGGUCAGAGAUCGCGAGUCGAUAUUCCCGAAAUCGCUCAGCCUCUCUGCACGGCACUUCAGAUCGCGCUGACCGAUCUUCUUUCCAGCUGGGGAAUCUUCCCAAAGGCUGUCACGGGACAUUCGUCUGGUGAAUUAGCAGCAGCCUACUGUGCGGGCAAGAUAUCUCGCGAAUCCGCCUGGAAGAUUGCAUAUCUUCGAGGUUGUCUGUCUUCAAAGCAACAGUCAGCCAGUGCAGCAAUGAUGGCAGUCGGCAUGAGUGCGUCCGAUCUCGAGCCGUAUCUCACUUCCGUUCGAGAAUGCUUUCCUGGGGAAAUAAGAAUCGCGUGCUACAACAGCCCGACAAACAACACGGUUUCUGGUGACUCGGCACUCAUCGAUGAGUUAGAGGGCGUCCUUGCACAAAAUGGCAUAUACGCGUGCAAGCUGAAGGUCCGAAAUGCCUACCACUCAGCGCACAUGAUGAACAUUGCAGAUGAAUACCUUCAAUUGAUGGGUUCCCUCGAAUCCGGAAGAAAGAUGAUACUGCCGCACCCAGUGCGUAUGUUCUCCACUCUCGAAGCUGGCGAGGUCACUGGGGAUUUCCUGCCGGCAUCAUAUUGGGUCGCCAACAUGGUUUCUCCAGUCCGGUUUGUCGCCUGUCUAAAAGCAAUAAACGAGAAUAUGAAAGACAACAGCCCCAGUGGAAAUGAUCUAUCGUUCAUCGUUGAGAUCGGCCCUCAUGCGACUCUCCAAAGCGCCAUUAAAGACACGCUGUCUACUGAGUUCAGCCAAGGAAAACUCAAAUACCUGUCCGUCCUGAAGCGAAACGACCCAACAUUGAAUCCGCUAUUAAGUUCGAUCGGAUUCUUGGCUGCUGCUGGCUACAUGAUCGAUUUGCACAGGGUGAAUACUGCCUCGAGCUAUCGACCACGGAAACCCGCUGAGCCACUUGUUGAUCUUCCGUCGUACUCUUUCAAGCACACAGAAAAGGUGAUACACGAGAGUCGAUUGAGCAAGGGUUUGAGGUUCCGCAAAUUCGUUCGACAUGACCUAUUUGGUGCGCCUGUUCCGGAUUGGAAUGCGAAUGCGCCACGAUGGAGACAUUUUAUCCGCUUGGAAGAGAAUCCUUGGAUCAGGGAUCAUAUGGUUACUGGGAACUAUGUUUAUCCCGGUGUGGGGUAUCUCGUCAUGGUAAUUGAAGCCUCUCGACAAUUGAUGGGCUCAAAGGAACUUUCAGGCUUCCAGCUCCGUCAAGUCUCCAUUCGUAAAGCAUUGGUCAUCCCAGACACGAAGCAAGGUGUCGAGGUGUGCCUCUCUAUGACAGCUGGGCCAUCAACAGAUUUGAGACGUUUCUAUCGUUUCCAGAUCAGCUCGUACAAUGAGAACAGUGAGGACUGGACGGAACAUUGCUCGGGCAUUGUCUUGGUGGAGAAGAAGCUCCCACUUGACCCCGUCGCAUCUGCAUUUGUGGAAAAGGUUGACACCCAGUGCAUGGCGAAGGACCUUAAGAAAUUUCAGUCAGUGUGCAAUCAAACUAUAGACUUUGCAAGGACAUACAGCAAUCUUAUCUCGGUCGGUCUUGAGUUUGGGCCGCUUUUCCGCAAUCUCAAUACUGUCAGGACAACCAGGUCGCGUCGCGGGUGGAUGACUGGCACCGUUACGGUUCCUGACAUUGCUCAAUCCAUGCCGAAACGGUACAUGCAUCAGCAUCUCAUUCAUCCGGCCACCAUGGACAGCAUGAUUCACAUGAUGAUUGCUGCCAUGCUUGACAUAACCGGAACGGACUCCGUUGAUGAUAUCAGAUUGCCGACAUAUAUCCGCGACAUGUGGGUGUCCGCCGAUCUAAAGUCCACGCCUGGGUAUACCUUCGGAGGCUACGCCUCGGUGCAGUCAUCUGCCUCGGAUAAGUUCGAAGGCCAGAUCAGGAUUUACGACAUUGUAUCUCAGGCACAUUUGAUCCGCAUGGAUGGAAUUGAACUCAGUCCACUCGAAACGGGAAUCGUCAACAAUUUCGAACGCAGAAUCUGUACCACCAUUGAUUGGAAACCAGAUGUGCAUUUCCUGGACUCGGAAACGGCUUGCAGUGUAAGUAAUGUCAGUCACAGAGAUCACGAAAAGGACAGGUUCAGGGUGAAAAAUCUGCAAUUGGCCACAACGCUCUUCAUGGCAGACGCCUUACAGAACCUGAGUGGUCUCGACAUCGCAGGUCUUCCAUCUCAUCUUCUCCGAUUCUAUGAUUGGAUGCAACACGUCCAGGAUGAGCUUGUGAAUGAUAGGAUCACACAAGUGAAACAUGCCACUUUCAAGCUGGCAUUCGCGAAUAACCAGUUGAAGCAAGCGAUCUUCGCGGAAGUCGAAAGCUACAAUGCAGAAGGCGCCAUAACAGUCCGCAUGGGCCGCAAUAUCGCAUCCGUCAUCAGACAAGAAAUAGAUCCUCUCCAUCUGAUGUUCGCGGAGGACUCCUUGAUGAAAGAAGUCUACCAAGAAGGACUUCAGCUCCGCGACCUCCCUCAACACCUUCGAAGCUACCUCUUUCUUCUCCGCCACCAGUGCUCACUGCUCAAAGUUCUAGAGGUUGGCGGCGGAACUGGAAGCUUCACCGCAGAAAUCCUAAGUGUGCUGUCGCCAAAUGCAGACCCCCUGAGGGAAAGCAUUGCCAGUUACACAUUCACCGAUAUAUCCACUGGGUUCUUCGAAAAGGCACGAGAGAGAUUCCAUGCAUGGAAGAAGAUCAUGAAAUUUCAAGCGCUAAACAUCGAAAAUAACCCUGCUUCUCAAGGAUUUGAGCCAGAUACUUACGAUCUUAUCUUUGCGGGAAACGUCAUUCAUGCAACGACCAAUCUGUCUGGGACAUUACGAGGCCUGCGAUCUCUGCUGAGACCGGGUGGACAACUCAUCAUCCAAGAAGGGAUUAGACAGGAUUUCCUGUGGUACCCACUUGUUUUUGGUCUUCUUCCUGGCUGGUGGUGCGGCAAUGAACCUAUUCGCAAGUGGUGCCCUUACAUUCCUGCUUGUGAAUGGGAUGCGCUUCUCGUUGAGUCUGGAUUCUCAGGUGUUGAUAUCGAAUAUCCCAGUUCUGACGACAAGGAUCUCAGCUGGCUGAGUAUCAUGGUCUCUACUGCUCUAGAUGUGCAGGAAAAAAGGUUCAGGAAUGUGUACAUUCUCUCAUCAGAUAAUGAGAGAAGUCUCGACAUUGUUGAUUGCAUAACGCAACUCCUUGAAGUGGAUGGACAGUCCUGUGUCAUGGCACUAAAGCCCAUAGAUCUGGAUCGCGUUGACUUUGGCGAUUCGCUCUGCAUAUCCCUCCUCGACCUCUAUCAACCAUUUCUAUCCUCGAUGCAAAAGGGUGACUACCGCAGCAUCAAGAAGAUGCUGCUGUACUGUCCGAACCUCCUUUGGGUUACACCAGACCAACGCGAUAACCCUUUUUCAAGCAUGAGCAUGGGGCUUCUCCGGACCGUCCGCUGGGAAAAAGAUGCAUAUGACUCGAACAUAGUAACAUUGGCAGUUGCUGAUCAGCUCAAUGUUGCUGCGGAAGACUUGUCGGUCUGGAUUUGUGGCAUCGUGAAGCACCAGUUUGAAAAUCAGUAUGAAAAGGGUCGUCAUGCUGAAUAUCUGCUGCAAAACCACAUUGUUCACAUUGGACAUCUUCGUGAAUUUGUGAGUGCCGACGACUUUCUUUCGAUGCAGUCGGCACCUCAAGGAGACAUUGGCCAUUCGAAGAGUUCACUGCACCUGGAAAACUUGCAGCCUACGGCGAAACGGUCUCGCGGUCUCCGCAAUAUUCGACACGAUCGACAGAAACUUUCCGAUGAUCAAGUACAAGUUGAGGCUCGAGCUGUGGGUCUGAGGCCAAACAUUCCUUCAACUGGUGCUCCUGUAGAAGGAGCCGGCAUUGUGUCUAAGAUUGGAUGUGCAGUCAAAGACCUGGCUGUCGGCGACAAAGUUGUCUUUCUCGCGGACGGGCUUUCUGGGAAUUUUUCGCAAGCCUCAGCACGAAUCAAUCAAGGCUCAGCUGUCAGGGUUCCAGAUAGCAUCCCUUUCGAAGUCGCCGCUAGCCUCCCAACGGCCUUUGUCACUGCACUUUACGGCCUGGGAGAGAUUGCAAGGCUGUCACCAAGUGACACGGUUCUGAUCCACUCCGGCGCCGAUGCUGUCGGGCAAGCUGCUAUUCAAUAUGCACAAUUCAUUGGCGCAAAGAUUUACACCAUGGUGUCCACGGUCGAGAGUCAACAGCUUCUGGUUUCAGAAUAUGGCAUACCGGAAGAGCGUAUCUUCUCUAGUAAUAGUCUCAACUUUGCUCUUGGUAUUUUGAAAUGCACUAGCGAUGAUGGCGUUGAUGUUGUCUUCAACACUUUGACAGGUGAAGCUCGGACGGAGACUUUGUCCUGUGUCGCUGCGUGCGGGCAUUUUGUGGACGCCUCGACAAAGAGCCUAUCUAAUUCCACCAUGGAGAUUGUCCCAACUCACAGGGCUGUCUCGAUCUCCAACAUCGACAUUGCUCUCCUCGUUCGUCAUCGUCCGGGCGUUGUCAAGAGGUUGAUUGAGACUACUCUGGCGCUCUAUAGCAAAGGCAUGCUCGGCCAGGUCAUCCCUGUCAAUUUCUUGGAAUUGAAUGACCUCAAGCAUGGCAUGCAAGCACUCCCUGAGGAAAAGCGAGCUGGGGCAGCAGUCUUCAUCCCAAAUCCAGCCGACUUCCCCCCGACACCUGAGCCUUUUCCACCACUUCAAUUCGACAGUGGAGCGUCCUACAUUCUUGCUGGGGGCCUUGGUGGAUUGGGACGCAGUAUAGCGCGAUGGAUGGCUAAACGGGGCGCAAAGAGCCUCAUUUUCCUGUCUCGGACUGGGCGUUGUAAUGGCCCAGUGAAUGAGAUGGUCGCCGAUUUGAAGGCGAUGGGAUGCAGCGCACAUAUUUUUGCUUGUAACAUCCUCGACCGCACUCGCCUGCGAGCUGUUGUUGGAGCAUGUUAUUCGAGACUCCCGCCUAUCAAGGGAUGUAUCCAGGGUUCGAUGGUGUUGCAGGAUGGCGCUUUUGAAGGGAUGUCCUUCGCCAAUUGGAAAACCGCAAUCGAACCAAAGGUCCAGGGCUCGUGGAACCUACAUGAACUUCUUCCCCGGAACAUGGAGUUCUUCGUCAUGUUGUCUUCCGUUGCGGGUAUCUUUGGAAACCGCGGGCAAGCCAACUACGCAGCAGGAAACACAUUUCAGGAUGCUCUUGCAGCGUAUCGCACAGCCCGCGGGCUCAAGGCAUCCGUCAUCAAUCUCGGGGGUGUGUCAAAUAUAGGCUGGGUGGCCGAGAAUCGAGACACACUGACCACGCAUCCCGCAACAUUAUUCGAAUUGCUCAAAGAAGACGAGGUACACAGCGCGAUCGAGUUCAUGAUUGAUGAUCGGUACAAAAAAGAAGAGGACUGGAGCGGCCAACCUCAGUCUCAACUAGUUCUUGGUCUACCGACUGCAGAGAUCUCUCGUCAAAAUGGCGUCUCACCACCUUCGUACCUCGAGUACUCUUUAUUUACUCAUCAGCGAGCGACGGCUGAACUCUGCAAAGACGGAGAGGAGGAGAAAAAGACCGCCAACACUGUGACUCUUCUAAUGGCAACAAAUACCUUUGACGAAGCUGUGGCUGUCGUUUCCGAUGGAAUCGUGGAGAGGCUAUCCUCUCUUCUCGCGACUCCGAUUUCCGAAAUUGACGCCCAGAAAUUCGGGCUCGGAGCCAUUGAUUCUCUUGUCGCAAUGGAGUUUCGGUCGUGGAUCAUCAAGGAGCUGAAGGCUGAGGUUUCGGUGCUGGAUAUCAUGGGAGCGCAGAAUAUUCGGUCGCUCAGCGAGAAAAUUGUUGGUAGUAGAAGGGGGUGUGAGCAAGUGAGGGAGGCUUUUACGACUUAUGAUUUGGGCAGGAUAUUUGCAUCCAAGAAAGACGAAUAA